AUGAAAUUUCUCGAAAUAAUACCAAUUGCUGCUUUGUUAUCAGUUACUUGUUUCUACUCCAGCAUCGCUGGAAAGAAUGAAUUCGAGGUGUAUUUUGAGGAGUGCAAAUGCUACUUGUUGAACUCCACAAUCCUAAAUCUCUUUUCAUGUACGUUGAAUGCUAGAACUACACGCCGUACAUUAAAUAUGGAAUGGAUGUUUGGUCAAGACAUCAACAACUUUAGCGUUAAUAUAGUUGUGACAGUACCACGUAAAAAUUCAAGGUUACUAUUGCUUAACAUGACCAAUGUUAGUGGAUGUGAUUUUGUGGCAGACAGAAAUAAAAUAUCUAUACUUGGUGUGCUGCGCAAAAAUGUGGAACACUACAGCAAUAUACCCAAAAUUUGUCCAUUUAAAAAGAAAACUUUAUACUAUUUAAGAAAAUUUCGCUAUAAUUUACAAUUGUACCCGCCCUUUAAUAUUGAAACUGCUAUGGAUGUAUUUAUCGAAUUAAUGGUAGGAAAAAUUAAAAUUGCUAACGGCUCUAUUAGACACCUUAUCUCCGCAAAAAAAUAA